AUGCAAAGAUCUCAUCCUCCUGGCUGCCGGUGUAGCAAAGAUCUCAUCCUCCUGGCUGCCGAAAUUAUGACCCGAUCAAAGACAGAGAUUUUGGAUGCUCCACUUCACAUGAUCGGAUUCGAACUCGACGAAGUUUCAGCUAGUAAAGUUUCGGGCCACCUUAUAAUCACUCCAGAAUGCUGUCAGCAAUACCAUAUGCUUCAUGGAGGGGUAUCGGCAAUUAUAUCUGAGGCCUUAGCAAGCAUGGGAGCUCAUAUUGCCUCUGGAUUUCACAUAGUGGCCGGCAUACAACUCAGCAUUCACCAUCUCGAAACUGCACAGCCUGGUGAUUAUAUAGUUGCCGAGGCUACACCAGUCAAUCUCAGCAAAUCUGUUCAGGUCUGGGAAGUUGCUCUGAUGAAAUGCGAUCCUUCUAAAACCGAUACUAAAACUCUGAUUGCUUCUUCACGACUUACAUUGCUUUGCAACUUGCCUGUGCCUGAUAAUGCUAGAGAUGCUGCUCAGAAUCUCAAAAGAUACGCAAAGUUAUAG